UAUUUUACAUCUAGCCCUUUAAACAGAAAAUUAUCUGGAUUCUGGUAUUUUAUGGGCGUCAAGAAUGGCCGCAUGGUAUAUCGUAGAAUAGAACACAGGGCAUGUUUUAGAACGAUAUCAGUAUGUCAACCGGACGGAUACACGAUCUUUUUAGGAUUUAUGUAGUCCUUGUUCUUUUGGAAUGCCACUGGAAACUGGUAUGUGCGCAGCUUUCUUACUCUGUAUCAGAGGAGGUAAACCCGGGGACUACUGUUGGAAAUCUCGCUAAAGAUCUUAAUAUUAAUGUUAAUGACAUGGAUGCUCGUAUGUUUCAGACAGUUAGCGGAUCAAAGAAAAAAUACUUCGAUGUAAAUUUGAAAACGGGCAGUCUUUAUGUCAUUGAAAGAAUAGACCGAGAGGAGCUUUGUGCGAAGGCUGCAAAAUGCACCGUUAGUGUAGAGGCCGUUAUCAAUAAUCCACUAAAGCUGUAUCGUUUAGAAAUAAACAUCGUAGAUAUAAAUGAUAAUGCACCAUAUUUUCCUGAGAAACUGCAGUCUAUUAACAUUGCAGAAAGUACUGUGCCAGGAGGAAAAUUUGGAUUUAUAGGAGCGCUGGAUUUCGAUGUUGGGAAGAAUGAUGUCAGUACAUACAGGCUCAGCGCAAAUGAUUACUUUUCUUUAGAGAUCCACAAAGGCAGAGACAGCGUGUCAGCCGAGAUUCUGCUUCAGAAGGCACUGGACAGAGAAAAAGAAAGUAAAAUAAAGCUAACAGUAACUGCUGUCGACGGAGGAAAUCCUCCAAAGACAGGGACAACGCAAAUAGUUAUAAAUGUUCUUGAUAUCAAUGACAACGCCCCGGUUUUCAGCAGUGCCUUGUAUAAAACACGUAUUCUUGAAAAUCUACCAUUAGGUACAACUGUUGUCAUUUUAAAUGCAACAGACGCAGAUGAUGGAUUAAACGCUGAAAUAGAAUACUCACUGAGAAGCAAAGGUCAGGACCAUGUAUUAAAUUUGUUUAGAAUAGAUAGAGACACAGGGGCAAUUACGGUCAAAGGUAAUAUCGACUAUGAAGAAAAUCCUGCGUUUGAGAUUCAUGCUCAGGCAAGUGACAAAGGCCACUCUCCAAUGUCUGCACACUGUAAAGUGCUGGUAGAGGUGGUAGACCUCAAUGACAACGCGCCUGAGAUCUCUGUGACAUCACUACUAAGCACAGUAAAAGAGGAUGCACAAGUUGGUACAGCUAUUGCUCUCGUCUCAGUGCUUGAUAAAGAUGGAGGAAAAAACGGAGCAGUAAAAGCUGUUAUUCCAAUGCAGAUCCCAUUUAAACUGGAAACCAAUUAUAAAAACUAUUAUUCAUUAGUAGUUAAUGGCCAUCUUGAUAGAGAAACUAUGGCUGAAUAUAAUAUCACCAUAAUAGCAACAGAUGAAGGCACUCCACCUCUUACCAGCACCAGUGUCGUUAAUAUUCAACUUUCUGAUGUCAACGACAAUCCGCCUCGUUUCUCGGAGCAGGAGUUCAACGUUUAUGUAAAAGAAAACAGUCCAGUUGGAGCAGUUAUUAAAACUGUUUCGGCAGUUGACGCAGACAUCGAUAAAAAUGGACAAGUGAGCUAUUCUUUUUUAAAAAGUAGCAGCAACACAUCACCAUCGUCUUCUAUGGUUAAUAUAAACUCAGAGACUGGAGAUAUUAUCAGUUUGCAAUCGUUCAACUAUGAGGAGUUAAAAACGUUUCAGUUUAAAGUUCAGGCUACAGACUCGGGGGUCCCACCUCUCAGCAGCAACGUGACUGUCAAUGUUUUCAUACUGGAUGAGAAUGACAACAGUCCCACGAUUUUAGCGCCAUAUUCUGAGCACGGAUCCGUUAACAGUGAGAGCAUUCCUUAUUCUGCUGAAGCGGGAUAUUUUGUGGCAAAGAUCAGGGCUGUGGACGCCGACUCUGGAUACAAUGCACUGGUUUCCUAUCACCUGUCUGAGCCCAAAGGAAAUAACCUGUUCAGGAUCGGAACCAACACAGGGGAAAUCAGGACUAAGAGGAGAAUGAGCGACAAUGAUCUGAAAACUCACCCAUUGAUGGUGCUGGUUUCAGAUAACGGAGAACCUUCUCUGUCAGCUACUGUGUCUAUUGAUGUGGUCGUGGUUGAAAGCACAGCUGACAUCCAGACUCAGUUCAGACAUGUUCCUUUAAAGGAGGACAGCUUCUCUGAUUUGAACUUGUAUCUGCUGAUCGCCAUUGUCUCGGUGUCAGUCAUAUUUCUGCUGAGUCUUGUAAGUCUGAUAGCUGUUAGAUGCCAUAGGACAGAUGGCAGUUUCAGCAGGUACAGCGCCCCAAUGAUCACCACCCAUCCUGACGGGAGCUGGUCUUACUCUAAAGCUACCCAGCAGUAUGACGUGUGUUUCAACUCGGACACAUUAAAGAGUGAUGUACUGGUUUUCCCUGCACCGUUUCCGAAUGUAGAUGCGGACCUGAUCAGUAUUAAUGGAGGAGACACUUUUACUAGAACCCAGACUUUACCCACCAAAGAAAAGGUAAGAAUGCACAUAACUCACAAUCCUUCACUUUUGAUAAUUGAGAGACACAGCACCGGAGAGAAAGGGGGCAUUCAGAUUGUCUGCAAAAUGCUGGAUUUUUGA